AGCCAGUUAUUUGCUUGCGUACUGAUUCGUUAGUUAGCUGACUUGAUUGAGGCGUUGCGCGUCCCCACCAUGUACACCCACGGUUCGCGCACCAUCACCUGUUCCAAAGUCAUGCUGUCACCCGUCGCCGACACUUUUAUCAUCGUAAUCAGCACGUAGUGAUGUUGUAGCAAGGGCUACUACUUUUUGCCAGUAGCUCGUGGUACUGACGGGUCCUUUUGCUUUUGUGUGCUGCGCGCGUGUGUUUUAUUGAUUUUAUAUUUCAUGCGACGCCUGCAUAACCGCCACCAACGCGUGCACGCGCAACGGCCACCUCCCUGUCUGCUUGGUAGCCCGACUUCCUUUCACCAUAUAUCAUACCACGGCAGUAUAUACAUAUGUAUAAACUAUAUGCUGGAACCGCAUGUAUACAUUUAUACAUAUAUAUUUAAAUAUAUGCAUGUAUCUUUCCUGCCUAUUGUAUUGUUACAUGGCGGUGCCGUUGAUUACUACGUUUGUUUAACUGCACCUCCCCCUGGGCUCUUCAGUUGGCAUGCACUUGCCACAAUAUUGUUUCUAUGAUUACUUUACAGCAAUUUUCGCUCUUAUUAUUCAUACGCACAUACAUACUUACAUAUGGAUUUGUGUUGGUUCGGUUGAUUUCAUAUUUCAAAAUUUUAAGGAUAACAAAGCCUCCUGUUGCCAAGAAAUAACUUAGAUCAAAAGAAAUCUAUUACGAUCCAACAUAAUCAGAUGGACCUUUAACAGCCCAGUAGAGGCCUAGUGGUUGUGAAAAAAGAAGAAAUAAAAACAUUUCACAAAUAUUUUAUAGGAAGCUACCGAACGACAAGCUGGGUCCGUUCUAAUUAAUAGAACCUACAAUUGUCGGAACACAAACAAUUCUCUAAAAUAAGUUUACUGACCUCAUAAUUUCGAUUUAAUGGAGAUAGUUAAUAUUCACAGUAAGUGCUACAAGAGGCUUUGAGAAAGCAGUAGAAUCUAAUACAUAUACAUAUAUUCAUAUGUAUGCAUGUGUAAAUAAAACUUAUGAGGUCGGUAACAUUGUUCAGCACUUGUAAUCUAAUUAUCCGUCGUUAAGUCGUCUUAUUACGAGUAGAUCCCAUCAAAAACAAAUCUCAAUUUCUCCUAUUUUUUAUUGGUGGAUUACUUUUUCUUAAGUACUAAGAACGUUUAUAAAAGUGAAUAGUUGAGUGAUUCCGGUCGUUCAAAAUCUCCAACCAGUAGCUGAACCCUCGCGUAAUAAAGUUCUCAAAAUAGGGAUUUUCUCCUAACAAAUUUUAUUCAACUGGAAUAAAGAGUGAGGUUGAAUAUCAAAUUUAAAUCCUUAAAUUUUUGAAAGAGUUAUACAAACUAAGUAUCUUACAAAAAGAAUUCGAAUGCCAAAAUUUAAUUUCUAUUAAGUCCACGAUAAAAUACGUUAUAUUUUAUUGCGGGUUGAGCAAAUUUUGAAUGACCCUCACUCACGGUACUGUGGAGUGAUGAUUAAUAAAUAAUAAUAUAUAUAUAUACAUAUGUACAUAACUAUAUACAAUAGUUUUGGAGCGAAUGUUUAUAAGUGCAACAUCUUUUAAUAUCCGUUCAAUCGUCUUUCUAGAUAUUUUUUCGAACAUGUUUAUUCUUUUAUUUUUACUUAAGAUGGCACAGAUCUCUAAUUUGCAACUGUUGCAAGUUUGUAAAAUUUUAUAGCGCUUCCUUUGACGUUGUUGUGUGCGUCGAUAUGCGCUGCGGUGUUAGUGUGGUUUUUUCUUUUAUUUUAAUUUGUUUAUGCUCUUUAGUUGAUGAAAUGUUGGGUAGAAAGAACCUGCUUAGCUUUUUGUCGGCAUUGCGACGCAAUACCUAUUACUUGCUGGGCAUUUGGUCACAGCCGAUGACGACGCCAUUCUGGUUGUUUUUGUUAGUACAUUCCGCUGUGAAUGCCCAAAUGAACGCUUGCCAACGUGUACUUGCUUGGCCGCGAAUUACCUGUGCGUCGCAACCUUCUGGUUUCCUUUCAGUUUGCUCAGUCUUAUCGCAAGCUCCCACACUUUUCUACACAACUUCACAGCUAUACAUACGGUACACAGCAAGCCUUCGAGAAAUGCGUGUGUUGUGUAUGCAUGUACCUUUGAUACUUCACUGUGUGGCUGCGUCAUGCCGGGAGUAAUUUACUUUGGUUUGAUUUCAGUAUGCGCCUCCGGUGCCAGACUGCGGCAUUUCUGCUUUAAUUUUUUUUUUCAACUUUUUCUAUGCUCUGCGUUUUCAGCUUAUUUUCGCUUUUGAGUUUUGCGCGCUAGUGCUUUUGCACAUAUCCAUUUGCUUGUUGAGCCGCCAUAAAGGCGAAGCGACAGCGUGUGCGCCGUUGUUGCUGUUGUUAUGUGUUUGGAUGCGAACGAGUGUGAAAGCGGCGAGGUAUUUCCUGCUGUCGCUAUAGCGCGAGAAAUAAAAGUCACAAAAAAUAAACAAUAACAAUAAAAACGACAUCGGCAGCGACGAAGACGAAGGUGAUGGCGACGACGAGAACAACAACGACAACAACAAUAAUAACAUAAUAUUAACGACAACGGCAAUCUGGCAGUCGAAGUGAACUUUUGUUCACGGCACGUACAGCCGCCAGCGCCAGCGACAACACACGCGAUCAACGCCGCCUUCAUCAUUCGCAAAGCUACCAAACAAAGUGCCAAACUGACGCCGCGACUUUGCGUGGACAGACCGAAAAAGCAAAGGAAAUUGAAGGAAAGCAAAGUGUAGCGCGGUAGACGGAAGUGUGUUGAUGGUGGUGUCGGCGGUUGUGGUGUCGGCCGUUUUCAGGGUCGCGACGUGAGGUGGGGUAGAAAAUAUUGCAAAAGGGCAUGGAAAAUUUGCGAAUCGCUUAUGGAGUGUGGAAUACGACAAAGAUACUUCACCACCACGGCGAAGACCAACAACAACAGCUAUGUUACGUACAACAUCAUGUAAGCAACAAAAGUGACAGUAGGAAAGGAGCGCGAAAUAGUGGUAACUGAGUCAGCAGCAAACAGUCAGAAACGGCACAUAAACUCAGCAACGACUAACGACAGCAAAACCCAUCAACGGUAUACACGGAUCCCAACAAAAGCAAUAACGACAGCAUAACAAAAGCAACAACGGUCAAAAAGCGCGUGCAACGCAUAACGCUAACUUCGGAUAGGACUGUGUAUAUUCAUACACACAUACUUGCAUCUGUAGAUGGAUGAAGCAAUGGAUGGAGGCCUGAGCGCAGACACAUGCGGCGCUUCGAUCGACUAGCUAACUUGAAUAUAUCUGUGUUGUUGGGGCGCAGGAACGCGACAGCUGCAAUUACUGCUGUUUGAAGCCUUCGUCGCCAAUAACGGGAGACCAUUCACCUUCACUAUGCUGCAUUGGCUUUGACGCUUCGCUAGCCUUGGUGUUGUUUUCUGUGUUUUCGAGGGGCAGUGAAGGCUGGUGCGUUUGUGGUAGUUACGGUACUAAUAUUGCUUUUAGUAUCACCAGUAUGUAUGGCAACGAUGAUGUGUUCGUUGUUGGCGGCAUUGCUUGUCUCCAGCAAGCGAGUAAAUUGUACAGCUGCGGGUGUCGGCAUAUCCAGUCUUAUAUACAUACAUACAUACAUUUGAUGCUUGUGGACAUACAUAUGUAUGUACAUUCAUAUAUGUACUGUAUGUAUAAUAUUUUUGAAGAAUGGGGAUUGGUAUUGCUUUUUUUAUUCGGCACCCUCCUGACUUCUCCAGUCCCAUUGGAUAUGGUCUUCUAACGGCAUAUGCACAUAUAUAUGUAUAUGCGCACUUGCAUGUUAAGGUAAUGGAAGGUGAUAUGGCCUUUCCUACACAUCUUAAGUGCUUUCAUCUGCACACUAUAGAAACUUACAUAUUUACCUAGAACAGUUCUACGCUCAGAAAUGCGUAAUAUUCGCUAAGGUUGACUACUGCGUUCGUCCAGACGCUAUUCUUGGCGUCCGCUGGCACAUUGUCUAGAAAUCGAAAGUAAAAAUAAUACUACUGAUUUAGAUACUACCAAGCAGGGUAUCUAUGCAAUAUGACUACAGUAUUUACAUAUAUAAAGCUGGUAUGCAACUCCAAACAACAAUUCAAAAUUAUGCCUUUUAUAUAAUAUUAUAAUUUGACCGCGCAGAACACUUUUACGUAAAGUUUACUUUCACAGUAUGAUGUUUUGUUUUUGUGAACAUAUGUAUGUAUAAAGACAAAAAUUUAUAAUUAUAACCGAAAAGUUUAAUUAUAAAUAAUUUCUUCCCUUUCAUCGAAAAUACAAGCGCAUCAUCUUUAAACAUGUAGGAAAAUAUACAUACAUAUGUAUUAUAUUUUUGGUAUAAUAGCUAUCUUAUUUGUAAUAAUAUCUGAAUUUAAUGCAAACUUGGUAUAAAUUAAUAAAACAACUAAUAACAAGUUCUGAGUUCAAUCUGACUCCCGCCAUCGCUCCAUAUCCUUGGCAAAAAGCAUGAACUUCAUUUGUGAUGCGCGAUUUUCUUAGCAACUGCGUGGCGAUUACUGGACAUGAUGCAAUAUAACAAAUAUUUUGGGUGUAUUGAAAAAAAAAUCAGUGUUUAUACCUUCUUUUUCCAUCCCCCGUAUAUCAAAUAUCAAUGAUUUACAACGCACCUCUUAUUUAGUAAUAGUAUAUCUCAUGUAAAUUGUAAACUCUGACGGUUUGUUGAGCCAAAUUUUGUGCCAAAAAUGCUUCCAAUUGGUCCACUUUGCCUUGCCAUCUGCAUUCGCUGAUAUGCAAGCGACAUAUUCAAGGAGUUGUUGUUUUUUUUUUAAUAAAUUUGUGUUUAAUUUGGCGAGUAUCUUGUGCCAAUUUACCUAAGCGUUUUAAGUUAUUUGGCGCUUUUCAGAUGGUUUAUGUUAGUAUGAAUAACAGCAUAUAGUAAGUAUAUACUUAUGCAUGUAUGUAUAGUACAUACAUAUGCAUACAUAAAUCUUUGCAGAAUUUUGUGUGCCGUGUUGUAGUAUGAAAUUACUUUUGCAAAAGUGGUCCACCCAACAGUCAAUCGUUGUCCUGUUCAAAUUCCCCUUACUACCCCCCGUUAAGCCAUUCACAUGUUCGUUUUAGGCCUUGUCGAUUCUCUGCAUUGAAGCGUGUCGUGCGCUUUUGUUGUGGCUUCUUUCAUCUCGCCUUCGCCUCCUUAUUCAACACAUUCACUGUCGUCGCCUACAUCGCGAUGAACGUGUCAAAUUAUUCGCCAGCUGCAUCUGUUCUUUGGCGCGCAACUAGGCGUCGUUAUCGUCGUCGCAGUCACUUUGCUUACUUAGCGCUCUGCGCGCAGCAAACGCCAUCAUCAUUAUCGCCGUCCUCAGUUCCGACGUCCGAUUCACCGUUUCUUUUUUGCUCUUCGCGACCCGGCGGCUGGUACUCCAAUUUUUCGUUGUGUGUCAACAUGCACACAUAUAGCGCUUACGUAUGUACAUACGUAUUUAUGUAGGGAAACGUACAAGAAGGGUGUCAUUAUGUGUGUACGCUUGUCGUUCGCACUAUCGUGCUAUUUGCCAUACACCAAUCUACAGCUAAGUGUUGCCUUCGCUCGCUAACCGUCUGACUGUAGGACUGUGUGGCCAGCCGAUAUAAUUCGCUUUGCUUGGCAAAACCUCCGUUUGGCGGUGCACGUCUGUCCAACCGGCAGACAGUUAGCGAUUCAGCGACCUAAGCGGCUUUGGCUCCCCUGCCGCUUUCAUCAGCAUUUCGCCUUUUUAUUGUCGGCUUGUGUGUGCCUGUCUGGUCGUCGGCAGCGUUUACUGCUACUUUGUCUUGCUUGUAUACGGUCCUUCUUUCAUGCGUUGCGCUAUUCGCAGUGCUUGCGGCCGGGAUGUAGUUAGCAGGCAGCAGUCAUAUUCUUCGUGGUUGUUGUUCAUCAUUGACGUCGCUGCGCUCACACGCUCACUGUUCACUGUUCACUUAUGCAUAUUGUUCUACCCCACUCCAUCGAUCCUAUAUGCCGUUGUACCAUCCAGCCUUCUAGCUAACUGGCCGUUCAGAGAGGCAGUUAGGCAGCUCAGCAAUCAGUCGGAAAUGAACGUUUCAAUCAGUCAGCAGGUAACGAAGUGCAAAACGAAUCAACGUUUAAAACUGGCGUCACAAAACGGCCCUUUACUCAUGGCACCAAAGAAGUCUACAAUCGUCCUGAACGUUGAACAAUUUAUACGCGACGUUCAAGAACGGCCUGCCAUUUGGAAUCGUAAUUUUCAUUGCAACAAAGCAUUUCUAGAACAAAUGUGGGAUGAGUUGUCUAGCGCACAUAAAUUGCCCAAAGUGGUGCUCAAGGCUAAAUGGAAGGGUUUGCGUGAUAAUUUUCGUGUAGAAUAUAAACGCAUUCCACGCUCGGAACAAGGUGAUUUCCUAGUGGAACCCGCCACAUUUGAAUCGAAAUGGCUACACUAUUAUGCUUUGCUGUUUUUGACUGAUCAUAUGCGUCAUCGCAUGCCCAAAAGUGAGCCGGAUCAGUCUUACUACUUUACGCAACAAAGUCAAGAUUGUGAGAAGACUGUGGUUGAACCUGACCUCACCAAUGGGCUCAUACGUCGCAUGCAGGACAGUGAUGAAGAGUUCGAUGAGGACGAUGCUGAUGAGGAUGAUGAUGACGUGGCAAUACCAACGCCACCAGCUGCUCAUACACAAACUGUGACUUCCAUAAAAACCGAGGAUGCCCGCUCAAUUCUAAAAAACGCUGGCGUACUACUACGAGCUGCACACCUUUUAGAUGAUGACGACGAGAAGGAGGCACAAGAUUUGUCCAAGAAAUCCAUGGAAGCUAACAAUAAUAAUAAUAGCGUGAAUAAAAAUUGCAACAACACCUUGUUGACUAGCAACGGCAGCUCGCCCUCUUUGCUGAGCGCUUGCAUGGGCAACAUAAUUACCACCAUUGCACAAACAACCACCUCCAUUACACCACCCUCAACACCCAACUCCAGUAUAGUCAGCGCAGCAAGUGUGACGACCAAUUCGAUGGCAGCCGCGACACAACAACACAAAAAACGCUCUGUUUCACCGCCCCCACUGUACAAUAAAGCACACCAUCCACCCCCUACAACAACAGCCGCCGCAUCCGCACUUACCACAGCUGUGGCCGCAGCACUAAAUAAUGAGCGCGAUGAGUUCUCUUUAAAUGGCAGCAGCAGUUGUUUACACGGCAGCCACGAACACUUGAAUUUCACCAAGCACUCAUAUGCGAAUGGUUUAAUACCGGCUCUAAAGUUGAAACGUCCGCGUUUGUCGGAGGAUAGCAAUUUUAAUGGUUCAUCAACGAUGGACAAUACUGCGCCGAUUGUGCCAGAGGAUGACGAUUAUCAUUACCUGCUGAGUUUGCAUCCAUAUAUGAAGCAGCUGACAGCGGCACAGAAGCUGCGCAUUCGCACCAAAAUUCAAAAGUUAAUAUUCAAGGAACUCUACAAAGAGGAUUUGGAAGAAACCAAAUAAACCGUAGCGUUGUUGUUUAUAGUCAUAACAGAAUUAGUUGCUCAUUUAAUUGAAAAUUGUGAAGACGACUUCUUUCUUUUUAGUUUUGUAACUUUAAAGCUCACUAUAUAAGACUGUAUAUAUACAUAUAUGAAUACUUGGAUGUAUUACUUAGUUGUAAGUGUACCUACAUACAUACAAAAACAGAUAAUUCUACAAUGUGUGGCAUCCCCACCAUGGGGAGCUCAAUCUAAAAAUCUAGUAUUAACGUUUUCGAACGUUAUUUGCUUAAGCCAGAAAUAAAACAUGAAUUUGUGCAAAGAAA